ACACGGUCAGUCACGAUCGUAUAACGAAAGCGUACGCAGCUAAGAAAAGGAGCAGUAGUAAGACCACGCUAAACAGUAACCGAGCACCAUCCAAGCGGUGGUCACAAGCGAUCUAGAGAAGAGUUCCAAACGUUCCGCACGUCGCGAGCGAAUGCGAAAAACGCGGUCGUGUACACAGUAGUACCGGAAUCGCGGACAGGAUCACACCAGUGUUCGAGGCAGGUGUGUACCUUAACAAGGUGUGACAAGGCGACAAAACAAGCGAAGUGUGCAAAAUUUAUGCAGCAAACCAUUUACCGGUGGUUAACUUGUUAACGUUCAAAUAUCGCAAGGAACGUCACUCUGUUUGUACUAUAUCCUUGCCUGAAGGUGGCAGUGAAAAACCGAUUGUACAAUAAGCCAAAUAUUGUACAAUUUAAAGUGGUGAAGGCAAGGCGCUUUAAGUGAUUAACUGUAGUGAGUUUAAACAGCAAAGAAAGCUCGUCAGUAUGAAUACGGAAGAGUUUCGAAAGUACGGGAAACAGAUGAUCGACUACAUCUGUGACUAUGGGCAGACGAUCGACACACGAGAUGUCGCCCCAACGGUGGAUCCUGGAUUUCUCCGCAAGCUAUUACCAGAUGAAGCGCCACAGAAGGGCGAAGACUUCAAGCGUAUGCUGGAUGACGUCGAGACGAAGAUCAUGCCCAAUAUGGUGCACUGGAAUCAUCCGCACUUUUUCGCCUACUUCCCGUCCGGCAACUCGUAUCCUUCGAUUCUCGGUGACAUGCUCAGCAGUGCCAUCGGGUCAAUAGGUUUCUCGUGGGCAUCCAGCCCGGCCGCCACAGAGCUCGAAACGAUUGUCCUCGAUUGGUACGCGAAAGCACUCGAUCUGCCGUGCUUCUUCCGUAGCGACGCGAAAGGUUCCCGUGGUGGGGGCGUCAUACAAGGAUCAGCGUCCGAGUGUGCCCUGGUUUGCAUGAUGGCUGCACGCGCUCGUGCCAUCAAAGAGCUCAAAGGAAAUCACGUCGAUGUGCACGAUAGCGUCUAUCUGCCACAGUUGGUCGCGUAUGCCUCCAAGGAAGCACACUCGUCGAUCGAGAAGGCAGCCAAGAUGGCGAUCGUGAAGCUGCGCGCUCUGGACACCGACAGUCGGGGUGUGUUCCGGGGCGAUACACUCCGCCAAGCGAUUCAGGAAGAUAUGGCGCAAGGAUUAACACCGUGCUUCGUGGUCGCUACCGUUGGCACAACUUCGGCCUGUGUCUUUGACAAUCUCGUCGAGAUCGGGCAGGUGUGUCGCGAGGUGCGUAGCAUCUGGUUCCAUGUGGAUGGUGCGUAUGCAGGAAAUUCUUUCAUACUGCCCGAAAUGCGACGCUUCAAGGAAGGCCUCGAGUACGCCGACUCGUUCAACACAAAUCCAAACAAACUGCUGCUGACAAACUUUGACUGCUCGGCAAUGUGGGUAAAGGAAGUCAAAUUGCUCACCACAGCGCUGGCCGUUGAUCCGUUGUAUCUACAGCACGAGCACAGCAGUGCGAUCGAUUACCGACACUACGGUAUUCCUCUCAGCAGACGCUUCCGAGCGUUGAAACUGUGGUUCGUCUUCCGGUCGUACGGUAUCGUUGGACUACAGAAAUACAUUCGCAAUCAUAUAGCACUGGCAAAACGAUUCGAAUCGCUGGUUACGUCCGACGAUCGCUUCGAGGUGCGAAACGACGUCAACCUGGGACUCGUCUGUUUCCGACUAAAACAACAGGAUCGCAUCAAUCGGGACCUGCUGGCGAGGAUUAACCAGUCGGGCAAAUUCCACAUGACCCCCGCGAUGGUACGGGGCAAAUACAUCAUUCGCUUCUGUGUCACGUACGAGCACGCCACCGAGGAGCAUAUAGAUUACGCAUGGCAGGAAAUUAAAAACUACGCCGAAGAAACACUUGCUGCCGAAUGCCCGGAAGAGAUCACAGAGCCUGUGCAGGCGACGAAGAAGCCUCCCAAGAAACUUACCCGCAGCAUGUCCACACGUUUCUCCUUCACGCGCAGUGUUUCGCGGGAGAUCUUCGAACGCCAGAACAGCCGCUCUCAACUUACGGACGGAUGCACACCGAUCGUCAUCAUCGACACCGAUGACAUCCUGGAGAGUCUACAGCGCGCCUCGAGGAUGAACGGUGAGCGAAGUUCGAACGACACGUACGACACGGACAGUACGGAGGAGGCUAGCAAUUGACUAAGCCGAGCAAAUUCCUGCAUUUCUCGCACGUCCCCAUUCACUUCGUCCUCCUCCGCGGACGAGUCGCCGGACGGAGAAGAGACGGAAGGAAGCACGGGCUCGACCAUUAACCGGUGCAAUUCGGUUAAGCGAUCGUGUGCUCAAGACAACGGUUACAGCCGGCUGCAGCAGCAGUCGCAUCAUCAACCGCAGGACCCGGACGCGAGACCAACCAAGUCAAAAAGUUGCUCGAAUAUUAAGCAGUUGUGAUAGACCCUGACCGUAGAUUCGUGUUUAGCGCCAUCGUUUUUUUGCAAAAGCAUUUACUUUUCGAUCGAUGUUAUCGACAGGGAGGACGCCCUGGUACGCAACCAGUGCAGUACCGACUGAAAACAAACAUUAUUUAUUUAUACUACACGCUUGGGCCAGUGUUUGUAGCAUAGAAUCUUCCCUUUAGCUUGUAAGUUGUAUUCCUUCCCAACCAUGACGGAAUCACUUAUCACACGCGUGCCACUCGAGCAAAGGAGCAGGAGGGAUUCCUCCAGGGUUGGCAUGCGUUACGCUACAAAUUAAGAUGUAAUGUAUGUGUAAUGUUUUGAUGUACUACAAGCACUUCAAAUAAAUUGCCUAUGUCUCAAUAUAA